CAAUUCGCGAUGCCAUCGAAGAUUCUUUAACAUGGCCAGUUAGAAAAGUUGUUCCAAUUAUACCUGGGGAUUACAGUGACCUUGAGUUGCAACCAGUUGGAACUUUAGAAGUGAAACUUAUACAAGCCAAGGAACUCACAAAUAAGGAUGUCAUUGGAAAAUCUGAUCCAUUUGCUGUGUUAUACAUACGUCCAUUACGUAACAGAAUGAAAACAAGCAAAACAAUUAAAAACCAGUUAAAUCCUGUAUGGAAUGAACAUUAUGAGUUUAUAGUUGAAGAUGAAACUACUCAGAACUUAGUAGUAAAGGUUUUUGAUGAUGACGGAAUUCGGGCAGCUGAGCUUAUAGGAUGCGUUUGCUUGAAGCUGAAGGACCUUGAGCCAGAUAAAGUGAAGGAUAUAUGGUUGAAAUUGGUGAAGGAUUUGGAUGUCCAGAGAGAUAAGAAGAAUCGGGGUCAGGUAAGAACAUAACCUGUACUGCAGUCAUUUAAUUGCGAUUUUGUAUUGAAAAGUAUUUGCCGAGAAAACGUAUUCGCUACCUCUGAGACCUCACACUCAUCCUAUAAGAGAAUGUGUGUCCUCUCUUUUCUAAAAACAUAAGUUAGAAGACAGUAACAGAGUCCAUGAAUACGAAGUUUCAUUUUUGGUCAAUUGAUAAGCACUGCAUCCCCUUAUCUAAAAACACAUGAGCAGGCACUUUAUUGACCGUCUGACAUCAAAUUGCAUCUUACAGCUAAAUUUUUAUGUCUAUAUUGAUGUUUGUUGGACUACCCUCAUUCUAUUUUUUAAAUCUUUAUUGUAACUUAUGCAAGGUCUUAGAAUAUAGUUUUGUUUGUAGUCUUCACUUAUUAUCACAAGUAUGUUGCACUGGCAAUAUUCAGUACAGGAGUUCGCUUUUACA